GUCUCGUCCCUGAAGUCUCUGGCAGUCGAUCGGCUCGUCCGAUCACACGCCACUUAUCCUAUCUUCGCCUCCUUCCCUUUGCUCCGUCUCCUUCUCCCUCUGUCUCUCCCUCUGAGGAAGCAGAAGACGACGACUUUGACUCUCCGCCUUCCCCCUCUUCCUCUUGCUCCCUCUCUGUUACCCCGUCACCUCCGUCAUCGCCAUGAGUUUCGCCAUCGAGCGAGCUUUCAGUGAUCAGCUGCUGAUGCCACGGGGAGAGAUCGCAGCCAUCCGCCCAAUGCAUCAUCCGCGGAUCAGCCCCGACUUCAUGCGCCUUGCGCAGUUCUUCUGCACUGCGGGUGUAUACGGCGUGGCAAAGUUCCGAUUCACGAGCAAUCCUCAGGUAGUGGUGCUGGCCGAGGCAACGGCGUUCCAACGGCAAGCGGCCCCGAGAGUCAGCCACGUGUCUACCGUGGUAGUCUUCAGUGGCGACAUCACCGCCUUCGAUCCGGGGCGGCAAGCCGCCAUCAAAAGCACCUUGUACCGGUGGGGUCGCGAUCUGGCCACUGAUUGGGAUCGGCGACUCACCAGGCACGGUGACGAGUGCUAUCCUGUCGACGGCAUCGAAGCGUGGAGGACCAACGUGGCGGGAAAUCUCCUGGGAUUCGUCUUUGGAGCAGUGGAUUGGGGAAACCGAUCACAGAUCGUGCGCGAACUUACGAUCGUGAUUGCACGAUUGGCCGACGAACUCCCUCUUGACAUCGUCUCUAAGAGCAACGAAGAACCCGUGCCACACACCCUCACAAGGACUCUCGCCCCGAGCCUCCAGUGGUCGGCUUGUAUCGAGGAGCGUUGGGCAGACGGCCGUUUUCCCUCCCGUAGCGAGUAUCUGGACGUCCACAGCCUGACUAAUCCACGCUUCUUUCGGCAACCAACGGCGUUCGAGUGGGCGGCACUGAGAGUAGAAGAGGAAGCAGAAGAGGAAUCGGAAGAAGAAUUGAGGAGAGAAGCCGGGGAAGCAGCGACACGAUUGGCCGAGGACGAGAAAGGAGAGCGCGAAGUAGAAGAAGAAUCGGCGGAAGAAGAAGAAGAAGAAGAAGAAGAAGAAGAAGAAGAAGAAGAAGACCCAGAGGAGGAGCUUUCGGAGGAGGAGGAAGAGGCCUAUAGUGAGCACAGCGAGGGCGAGCAAAGUGAGGAGGAGGAGGAAGAUGACGAAGGAGUGGAAAGCAGGGACGACCAGGGGCCAACGCACGACGAACUCGAGGGGGUGCCAGAGCCAGAUCGACGAGAGGAGAACCCGGAGGCUGCUGAGCAGCGCAAGAAAGAGAUCGCGGAAGGAAAGCGGUCGGCAACCGAUCCUGCACCAGACGAUCCUUUCGAAGACCCCGAGCUGCCCAAGCCGGAACAUGGGGACAUUGCUGCCACGACCUCAGGAGCCGCGACGACAAGGCACCGACCCUGAUCCCGAUCCACGUUCCCCCCCGCCUCUGCCCGCCUCCCAAUUCGUCAACGUAUCAAUGAGGGGCUGAGCCCUUCGUCC